CGCCGAAUUGCUAUUUCUCCGGUAACGAUUCUCUCUCUUUUCCGCCGCCGACGAAGCCAUCUUUCUUUCUCUUUAGCUUUCUCGUUCCGAUUUGCAUCCAGUUUCUUGAUUUUUCUAACUAAUUUAUGUCUUUUGAAGAGAUUUAUAAUUGCGAUUUUGACAGAGUUUGAGUUUGUUCAAAAGCUUUGUUUAUUAUAUAUGUUAAAGCUCUCGCUAUAUUUAACACUUGUUUUCUCGAUUUUGCAGGUUUUGUGAAAUCGCGAGAGCUGAUUUGAGCAGAGAUGGAUUUCGAUUUCAAAGUUUCCGGAGAUUUCAUAGUCAGUGGCGCAGAGCAGCUAGAUGACACUGAUUUGACGCGUUCUGAUGAGUUUUGGCUUAUCCAAGCCCCUUUAGGCCAAUUUCCAGAAAUCGAAGAGAACACUCUUAAGAUUGAGCCAGACAAAGAUGGGUUAUUUGGAGAAUUCAAGGAUUCAAAUGGUGCAAAGUAUGAUCUUGCUAGCUUUCAUUCUCAAGAUGCUGGUGCAGAGUUGAUUAUACCUUCUGAAGAAUCAAUGAUUGUUGGGAAGAUUACUCGGCGAGUUGCAUUAGUUCGUUACCCUGAACCAAACGAGUUGCUUCAGAAAAUGAAGGCUAGAACACAACAGAAGCUUGUCGGAUCAGUGACGAAUUCCUCUAAGAAAUCAUCUAACCUUACUCAAAGCAGCCGGCAUAAAAGCGGCACACGUAGCAGCAGAGAGAAGAGCAUGUUCUCUGGCUUCACCGAGACUCCAAAGUCGCCAAAAAGAAAAAAUUCAGAGUCUUCCUCAGGUAAACAUCGGAGCUCAACAAGUACGGUUUCAGGCUCUUCAGAACGAUCAGCAAAGUCCAAGAAGAAGGUGAAGAAGGAAGAGUAAAGAUCUUUGCUCCUGUUUUUUUCAAAGAGAAUGUUUGUGACUGUUAAGAUGUUGAAUUUCGAUUAUGCAGAUGAUAAACAGCCAGUAAUGUAUUCAAAUUCAUAAGUUAUUUCGCCGUAGAUGCUUAUAAAAGUUCAAGCUUAUUAGCUACCA